UGAUAACAAGUUUCUAUAUUCUUCCAUUUGUUUACCUUAGCAGAAAGUAAGUUCCUCUUUAACGUCUCAUUUUUAAGUUAGCGGCUCAAAUGUUGGAUAAUAAUGAAAGAAUUCGUAUGUUUCGCAUUUAUCUUGGUGAAAACAUUGGCUUACUCUAAACAAGAUGAUAUAUUUGGCAUUUCCUGUAACAUGAAGCGUUUAAGCUGGUCAGAUGCAGUCAGAUUCUGUAAAUAUAGUGGCGGAGAACUUGCUUCAUUUGUGACAGGUUUAAGAAGCAAUAUAGAUGCGCUGAAUCUAGAUGGUGAAACAGAAUUUUGGAUGGCCGAUUAUUUACAAAGAGGGGCAACACAGUUUUGUGGAUUUAAUUACCUUAACAGCACAGUACUUGAGAAUGCGGAAAAUUUAUACGGUGACUGUAACGCAAACAGAAACUACUUUUGCAAAAAUGCAGAAAAACAGUGGGUCGUGUACAACAGUUCUCGACGAAAUGUCCAAUGCAAUGAAAUAGUUCAAACGCAAAGGUUAUCAGCCAUACAGUUCGAUUUUAAAUCAGGAUAUUAUUGGACAAGCAAUGAUGUUCACGCUAAAAUCGCAAAGGAAACUGGAAGCGAAACUGAAAUAGACCGUCUAUAUUGUGGUGUGUACAAAAGGUCCGCUGGGAAAUAUUAUGCCAAUUGUAAAGGAGAACGAUAUUCACUUUGCAACUUUACUGGCUCAAAUACAUGGACAGGGGAAAAGAAUACGCAAUGCUUUGGCAAGCAAACGACAACAAUUGCAAAUCAGUCUGGAGUUGUCAGCAGUACAGACAUUUCAGUUACAAGUCAAUCAAAGAUGUUUGCAGACACAUCCAGUACUUCAAGGAGACAACAGGUCACUGCAAUGGAAUCGACCGAAAAUAAAUCAAGUAAGAAGACAACACAGGAGGAAACUGAACAAAAAGAAGAACGUUCAGACAUUGGUGUCAAAAUUGGUCUGCCAGUUGGAAUUAUAUUCCCCCUGACAUGUGGAGUCUUGAUUAUUAUGUACGUUUACAAGAAAAGGAUAAAAUGUUGGCAUUUCAAUUAUUCAAAAAGCGAAAAUCGAAGAAUAAACCAGUUUCACCAGCGAGAAUCUGAAGGAAUCCAUGGUCAGUUGAACGUUAACUCUGAGAAUAUUCAAGAUAGCCCAACAUCAUUAGAACAUCAUACAAUCGAAAGUAAUCCCUCCGACAUAAGUGUAGAGUAUGCCCUUGUCAAGAAACCUAAAAAAUCCAAAAUAUACUCGAAUAAUGCAUACCAAAAUUCAAAGAUUGAUGAAUACGAUAUUGCUGGUAGAUUUCAAUAUGGUUCAUCUAACCCGUCAAACAAUUUAUACAACUAUUUGGAAAGUGACAAGUACAGUUCAACAUCUUUUGCCAGGAAGGGAGAAAAAUGUAAUAAUUUGUACAACACAGCACAAUAUAGCAACCAUGCCGAAUCUACUAACGACUCAACAACACAGGCGAAUAAUACAGCAUUGCCUGAUGACGUUUACAAUCAUUUAUCUUAAGUUGACAACAACCAUGACUUUUCAUCAAAUGCUAGAAAUAAAUGAUUGAACAAAUUUGAUGAAAACUUACUGUGAAAGAAAUAAUUUCACAGCAUCUAAUGUAUAAAUGAUUUAAGCAAACAAUUUGUUUUGUGUAAGAAAUUAUACAAAGAGACAGAAUGGGAUAAAAAUAAAUUAAUUGAAAGAGUUAAUAUGUGGUUCUAUGUUGAAGACACUUAUAGGGAGACACAAGUAAAAUAUUCAUUUCUUCUUUUUGAAUAUUUCAUACAUUACUCUGCAAAAGUCAUCAAAAUAAAUACACCAGACAGUUACAGGAAUAAAACUUUUCUCCUUAUAAAGAAUGAAGAAGGUUUUGAUAACAUAGGAAACAGAAGGAGAAAUUUAGGGACCCUGAAAAAUGUUCGGAUUUCAGAAGUUUCCGGAUUUUAGAAGUUCCGGAAUUCAGAAGUUACACUGUAUAUUAGUUCUGGAAAUGUAGUUUGCAAUCUGAGAAACAUAAACUGACCCGUUUAUAUCGAAUACAUAUAUAAUACAUUUGAGAAAGAUGUGUAAAUGCCUUUCACAAAUAAUUCAUGUCCACCAUAUGUAAUAUUAAUAUAUCAUAUUAAUUUCAUUAUCAUUUUUUAAAUACAUUUCUUGUGCUAACAGUUACCAUUGAAAUAUAAAAAAGCUUAAUAUUUGCUGUUUGCUGUUUGUGGUCGACAAAGUUUUUGUUUGAACUAAGAAAAAGAAUAUUUUGUAAAUAACUGUAUGAAAGAAUUAUUUAUAUAUAUCCUUUAAAGCAGAUGGAGCAUGCACGAUAUCAUUAGUAAACGAUUAAAUAUUUACUUAAAAUAACUAUAUACAUACAUGACAGCUAAAGAUUUGUUAUAUACUUUAUUCUGUUAACAUACACUAUUUAUGAGUAUUAAGUAAAAGAUAUAUGAGUUACAACCUUUUUGAGA